UUGUUCUCGUAUUUGAUAAUGCAUUUUAUGUAUUGAUGUAGGUAUCAUGGUAUUCUAAACGGUAUAGAUACAAUGAUGUGGAACCCAGCUACUGAUGUUUUCUUGCCCUCUAACUUCAAUGCUCGAGAACUGGAAGGGAAACAGGUAUGCAAACAAUACGUUCAGAGGGGGUUGGGUUUGGAUCCUGAAUGCUGUCAAAUUGGUAACAAUUCAAACAGGGUACCAUUGGUUGUGUGCAUUAGUCGAUUGGUUGCUCAAAAAGGUCUCCAUCUGAUCAGGCAUGCGAUUAAAUUGGUAGAAGAACUGGGCGGGCAGAUAGUUGUACUCGGAAAAGCUCCAGAUGAUCGAGUUGAAAGAGAAUUUGAGGGUCUUGCCAAUUUGCAUAACAAAGGAGCCAGUGUGCGGAUUCUUUUAAUGUACAGUGAGGAGCUCUCUCACUUGCUCUAUGCGGCAGCAGAUAUGGUGUUGGUUCCUUCCAUAUAUGAACCCUGUGGACUUUCCCAAAUGAUUGGGAUGUGCUAUGGAGCGGUACCAGUUGUGAGGAAGACAGGAGGCCUUGCAGAUACAAUCUUUGACAUGGAUGAUCAAUCGCAUCGUGAGGUGGCCAACGGGUUUGUUUUUGAAGGCAUUGAUGAAGGGUCCUUGAGUUGGGCUCUAGAGCGUGCUUUUCAUUACUACAAAGAAAAACCAGAAGAGUGGAAUGAUGUUGUUCAGAAGGUUAUGGAAAUUGACAAUAGCUGGAAUAAUACAGCCGGGAAAUACAUAGAAGUCUACAAGUCCAUAAGAUUGAGAUAAUUGUGUAUUUUCUACCAAAAAAAAAAGAUAAUUAUGUAUUUGAGGGUUGAACAAGGAAAUACGUUUGCAUCAAUGACAUUCUCUAUUGGGGGUGCUUGCCCCGAGUAUUCUUCA